GAAGUGGAUGAGCUCCUGACUAAAUUGUAUUACUUGUACCAAAAGUCGGCAAAGCGCUAUCGCGAAUUGAAGGGAUUCAGCGAGAUUUUCGAAAAGAGCAUAGCAAAGCCAGCCAAAGCCUUUGGAGCGAGAUGAAUCACCCACAAGUUGAAAGCCAUGGAGACCUUUGUUGCCAAUUAUGGCGCAUACAUGCUACACAUUGAGUCAUUGUCCCAAACAGAUUCGGUGCCAGCAAAAAGAGAAGAAUUGAAGGGUUUUUUGUCAAAAUGGACGUAUGCAAAGUAUCCUAUGCUGAUGACAGUAUACAUUGACAUUUUGACGCCUUUGAAGGUUCUUAGCCUGGGAUUCCAAAAGGAAGUUCACGACCCUAUUAAAGCGGUGAAGCGCAUUAAUGAAUUUGAGUGGACUAUGGUCAAACUAAAAGAAUUGAUCAAUAAAUGUGUUCAGGACGACUCCGAAAAACUUAUUAAUUUUACACGGUUUUUGAAGGAGUGCGAAGCCACAACGUCCGACGACGGUAAGUAAUUGAUGAAUGAGUCCCUGACUUUACGUACGCUUGAAAUGUUUUUUUACAGAGUAGAACCUCACCAACCUUUGACAAAACGUCAAAAAAUUACCAGGCAUCAAGUGGAAGAACUUGAAGACGAUGAAGAUGAAGCAGGUACUUUUAAAUGUUAUAAUUAGUGUUUUGUAAAUGUAAUACUUUAUGUCGUAACAUUGCCUUUUCUGUUUCUGAAGAUGUUUCUUACCAAAAAAUAAAGCUAAAAGGGUUUAAUGCGUCCCG